GAAGUUCACUCUGAAAGCCCUUUUUGCUGGCGAGGGUAGAGGCGGCACUGCAGCGCAACCGUCCGCCACUUGACGAGCCCGCACUCUGCUGGUGGCGCCGGUCUCCAGCGGCUCCUUCCCGGCUCUGCCCGCUUGGCGGAGGAGGGCGGCGGCGGCUGCCGAGCGGGCCGGCUGGGGCGUGCCAAGGCCGCCGCAAGGGCUUCGCGGCCAAGUCGCGCUUCCUCCUGCCAAUGGGAACCGGGAAGCGCCCGGCGCUGAGGGCAAGAGGGCGAGGAGCGCCGUGGAUUUCCUCGUCCGCCACCUGGGACAGCAAGAGUCCCAGCAAGACGGGGGGACGAUGGUGCGGGCGGCCUGCAACAAUUUUAUGAAGUUAGGAGGGUUUAUCUUUGCAUCUGUCUGUGCCUGGUACUUUGGAUCCCUAUUGGCAUCUAUUAUACCUGAAGACUCCUUAGCAUCAGCUUUUAACGACCUUCAGAACAUUGCCGAGAAACCAAAACUUAAAGCACCACUCCCGAAAAGACUGAAAUGUGACCACUGGUCUCCAUGUUCGCCUGGGAGCUAUGCUUACCGCGUACUCAGUGGUGGUGGUCAGAAGUCCCUCGCCAAGAUCUGUUUUGAAGAUCAGCUACUUAUGAGCAAAGAAAGUCAAAAUGUUGGAAGAGGAAUAAAUGUUGCCAUUGUGGACUAUAACACUGGGAAGCUUUUUGAUGCAAAAUCUUUUGACAUGUGGCAAGGAGCAUUCUCUGGACCACUGGCUGAUUUUGUCCAAAAAGCACCCCAGAAAUCUCUGCUCCUGAUGGUGACCUAUGAUGAUGGAAGCUCAAGGUUAAUGGAGGAUGCGAAAAAGGCAAUAGCAGAUCUAGGAAGUAAAGAAAUAAGGAAUUUGAAAUUUAGGUCAAGCUGGGCCUUUAUAGCAGCAAAAGGUUUUGAACUGCCAGCCGACACACAAAGGGAAAUGAUCAACCACUCUGAUGCGAAAAAGAAUCGAUAUAAUGGCUGGCCAGCUGAAGUCCAGAUAGAAGGCUGUAUUCCAAAAAACUAACGGUCUGGAUUCUCAAGAUGAAUCAACAAAGGAGUGCACUGCAUUUUUACCACA